AUGGUGCAAAAAGAUACAGUUACCUCAAAGAAUAAUGGCGCUCAAGGUGGUAGCGCUACAACUGGUAAGAGUGGCAAGGUAGCAGCCAGCAAGCAACAAGAACACACAGAUAAUACUCCCAAACAAAACGUAGAGCACAGAGAUAAGAUUAAGAUUAUCAGAGAUGUCACUGCUUGGACCGAAGAGGAAGAUAUUAUCAAAGCCCUCACAGAGUGCAAAUUUGACGUUAAUCUUACUAUAGAUUACAUCUUGGGUGGUGUAUUAAAGCAAGAAUCUGGUCAAUGGCAAGAAGUAAAGAAAAGAGGUGGUGAUGAACAAAGAAAGAAUAAGGAAGACAACCAAAAAGGUGGUAAACCAAUCAAGAAAGAGCACAGAGGUGACAGAGAUAGACCCGACAGAGAUGGAGACCACGCCCGUACUGGCGGUAAAAAUAGAGACUUCAACAAGAGCAAGUUAAACGGAGAUUCAUCUUCACCACAACCACACAGAGAUAACAAUAAACCACAAAGAGACAAUAGAAGACAGCACAGCAAUUCUGUACCAUCACCAUCGUCUCCACCGACCUCUGCCACUUCCACCACCACUACAACUACAUCAACCUCCGAACAACCAGCACAUCCAUCUACUACUUCAACCAGCACUACACACCAAACUCCAGCAGCUUCCACCAACACUCCAUCCGUUUCAGUAGUUGCAUCUCUCGAUAGUUCAUCACAUCCAACCAUCGGUGGAAAGGGUAUGCCAUCAAUGAGUGCACUGAUUCAAGAGAAAGAGAAGGAGCGUGCUGCCCAACAACAAAAGCAACAACAACAAGCCCAAAAAGCUGCACAACAGCAACAAAAUGCUGCUGCCCACCAAUCACAACAAUCUACACAAGCUGCCGCCCCAGCACCAUCACCAUUGCCACUCCCAAAUCCAACUUCAACCACCACCACCACCACUACACCAGCCGCUGCCACUCAAACCACCAACUCCUCUGCUACCACUUCUUCAGGUCAACCAACCUAUGCUUCCAUUCUCACCGCACAACAAAAUAAGAGCAAUACCGUUACUCAACCAAAACCAACUCCAGUUGCUGCCGCUACCACCUCCACCCCAACCACCACCACCGCCGCCACCACUCAAACCACCCCUGCCGAAUCUACAAACACUACUACCGCUUCCCAAACCGUUACUGCUGCACCAGUCGCCACUCCAGUUCCAACUCCACAAUCCACUCAAGUCCCACAACCAGUUGCUCCACCAGCUGCUGCCGUCGCCACCCCAACUCCAGUUGUCUCUGCAGCCCCAACUCAAACUGCUACCCCAACUCCAGUUGCCACUACCGCCACUGCUACCACAGCUGCUCAAGCACCAAUUGCUACUGCCGCUGCCACCACCGGUGCACCAACUCCACAGCGUACCAACUUUGGACAAAAGCCAGGUAGCACCCAUGCCUGGAAACCAAAGGAUUCACCAUCCACUUCACCCUCCCUUGUAUCAUCUGCUUCGAAUCAACAAAAUGCCUCUAGACAACCAAUUGGAACCAAACAACAAAGUAAAAUCUUUGAUGCCCCAGUUGCUUUGCCAGAUGCUCUCAACUUUGAUCCAAACUAUGACGUUCAGUUUGGUAAAGAUCCAUCACAACCAACCACUGCCACCCAAACACCAACACCAGUUCAACCACCACAACAACAACAACCCCAAGUCGUUCAACCAGUUGCUCCUGUUCAACAACCACAACAACAACAACCAGCCGUUGUCCAACCACCAAAGCAACAGCAACAACACCAACAACCAGCCGUUGUUCAACAACAACAACAACCAUCGCAACAACCAAUUCACCAUCAUCACAACGUAGUUGGUCAAAACACUGGUAUUCAAGCCUCUGUUCAACAACAAUACCAAGCAUUCCAAUCGAUGAACCAAAAUCCAAACAUUCCAUCGAUGGAUCCACAACACAUGAUGCAAGAAACCGAUCUCCAGCACAUGUCAUACCAAUACCCGUACAUGGUCCCAAUGAUGCCAGCAUUCUUUGAUGACAAUGGUUUCGGAGUUCGUCAACAACAGUUCUACGAAUCCUACAACCAAAAUGCCUACAACGGACGUACCACCUCGCCAGUAAACGACAACACCACCUCCAACACUAACAAAUCCUUCCAGCGUAAUAAUCAAAACAAUAACCAGCAAACUUUCCGCGGAUCUGGAGACAAUACCAAUAAAUUCCACCAAGAUGGCCAAAAUCAAUCGACUCACCCAUCCUCGCAAUCACCACCACUUCCACAACAAUCACCAUUCCCAUACCAAUACGGUUACCCAUAUGCCUACUCGCAAUACAGCCCAUAUCCAAACCAAAACACCCAAUUCCAAUUCCCACCAUACGGUUAUGCUCCAAAGCACUACUUGAACAUGGGACGUUAUCAUCCAAACCAAACCCAAGCUUACCCAGAGCAAGAGGAAUUCAAGAACAUGUACAGCUAUUCUUACUUCCCAAACAACACCGAUCCAUCUCUCCAAGCCAAGCUCGGUCAACAACAAGGUCAACAACCAUUGAGCAGCUCACCAACUAGCUCAAAGACCUUUGGACAAAACGCCAACGCUCACCAAUCCGCCCCAUCAAACAACCAGUCUGCACCAAACUCACAAGCUCCAGGCGAUCUCUCUGGACAAUAUGGAAAGGGACAAUACAACCGUGCCACCACCAACGACCAAAACAACUACUACACACCACAAUCACAACAAUAUAUGCCAUCUCAUUUCAACCCAUCUUUUCCACAAAGUAACCAAACCCAAAGACACUACCCAUUAUCUUAA